AUGUUGAAAAUAAUUAUUUUAGCUUUGACACUUGUGGUAGCUUCUGGUUAUGAUGAUGAAACGAGAGUUAAAAGAGCCAAUCAACAAGUUGCACCUCUCCUAUGCCAAUUCAUCGACAAUUUGGAUCAUUUUUUCGACAAUUUAAACCAAAAAUUUGUUUAUUUACUCGAAGUUGAUGCUCUUGGAUGUGUUAUACAUAUCGAAAAUUGGGUUCGUGAUUUAAUCGAAAGUGGUAUCAAGAUUUUAUUUUCAAUCCGAAAAAGUGUGAUUGUCGUAAUCACACGUUUUGUUGUGGCGAUUGUAAAUUUGGUGUUUCUUUUUAUUAAAAUAAUUCGCAGUAUUUUGGAUUAUUUACCAGAGAGUGUUUUUUGUUAAAAAAUUCUAGUAAAAUGGGU